AUGCCGUCACUCGAAGCGAGACCGGCCGAGAUGGACGUCGAGACGGAGACGGCCACGGCCACGGCUGGCGUCAUCAACACGCGCAAGAUGCGCUACACCGGCCUCGGCCUGCGCUGCCUCAAGUCCGGCGGCCCGGACGCUCGGCGAGAGGCACGCCGGUCCGGCAAGGACGACGACGACGACGACGACUACGACGACGUCCGCGGCCAGGAGCCCUUCAGCCGCCGGUACUGGAGCCGCAGCGAGGUGCAGCUCCGGCCGUCCCCCUUGGCCGCGCGCGGAGGGCGGCGGAUCGGGCGCUUCCCGCUCACGUCGCGGCUCGCGGGCUGGGUUCGCGAGGCCUUUGCCAGCUACCGGCCGUCGGCGCGGUGCACGGAGCUCGUGCGGCCGUUCGGGGCCGAGUUCCACGCGCUGCUCGAGCGCGAGCGCGCGGCGGCAAGCGGCCUCCACGACCUGGACCUCGUGGAGCUGACGUACCAGGUGACGCUCGAGGUCGGGGCCGAGAUCCUGCUGGCGGCGCACGACAACGGCAACGCGGGCGCGGUGCAGGCGGAAUUCCACUCGUCGCGGGCGGCGCGCGACGAGCACUUCGCGCCCUGGGGCCGGCUGCUCACGGGGCUCGAGUGCGACCCGCCCAUCAUCGCGCAGUUCCCCUUCUACCUCAUGAUGUGCCAGGCGUUCGGGCUCGAGGCCGACUCGUCGCGCGAGAACUACGUGUACGCGGCGCUGACGGGGGUCAACUGGGCGCGCGGCGCCAACGCGUACAGCGAGCGGUUCCGGGCCUUUGAGGAGGCGGCGCGGGCGGCGGUGCCGGGGCUGGACGACGGGCUCUCGGGCCGGGACCGGAGCUUCUGGCGCGUCUCGCUCGGCUACCUCGCGGCCAUGAACGGGACGGAGAACGCGCGGGCGCUGACGACGCCGCGCGCGUCGCACAUCGCCACCGGCCUGGACCCGCGCCUGCUGACGGCGGCGCGCGGCUUCGACACCAUCGGCUCGGCCUACAUGUGCAGCGACGGCGCCGCCUACCUCGACGACGCCGGCAUGGACGCGCUCGUCGGCUCCGCCGUGCCCAACGACGUCAUGGACCUGCACACGGACAUGCUGACGGGCGAGACGCGCAACCUGCUGCGGCUGCUGUACCCGAGCGGCCGCGGCCUCGACCGCGCCCUCGACACCAUGGCCACGGUCCUGGCCGGCAUGCUGUGCGAGCUGUUCCGCGGCCACAAGCGCGCGCGCCUCGGCGGCCGCGAGGACGGCCGCAUCGCCGCCACCUCGCCGCCCUACAGCUUCUGCCGCGCCCGCCACCGCCGCAUCUUCGAGGUGCUCGAGGCCUACGUCGCGCGCCACGGCGCCGACCGCUUCUGGUCCUGCACCCGGGACCUGCUGCGCCGCGCCCGCGCCCAGGUCACCGGCGUGCGCGGCGACCUCGCCCGCCUCGUCGGCCGCAUCCACGACCUGUGGCACGCCCAGCUGCUGGCCCCCGGCAAGGAGCCCGGCUGGGGCCGCCGCUUCGACCGCCGCUCCGACGACCUGUUCCGCCAGGCCGGCGAGCUGCUCGGCCGCCAGGGCCGCAUCACCCCCGACGUCUACAGGUUCGCCAUUGCCUACGGCCGCCUGAGCAUGGCCCUGCCCUACGUUGCCUACCACACCGUCGACGCCCUCAUCAUGGCCUACGGCCCCUGUGCCUGA